AUGCACGCCAUCGUCCUCGCCGCCGCCCUCAUCCUGUUCGCCGCCACCGCGGCCGACGGAGCCAACGACCUGGUCGCUCCCCUCGUCGCGUCCGCCAGUGCGCCUCCCCAUGUCGAGCAUGCCGCUCCCGCGGCGGCCGAGGUCGACGACGCGCCCUCCGGCUCCCUGAAGACGUACCUGGUGAUCGUGUGCCGCACCAACGGGCCCAAGGAGAACGGCAACAAGCUGCUGGAGUGGCACGCCUCGCUGCUGGCCUCCAUCCUCAACACCACGGCCGACUCGCUCCUCGUCGACGCGCUCUCCGCCGCCCGCCCGCGGCUCGUCUUCUCCUUCCAGCACGUCGUCAGCGGCUUCGCGGCCCGCCUCACAAACGCCGAGGUCGCCCAGCUCGCCAAGCUCCCCUGGUGCGUCGAGGCGCUCCCCGACGCCACCUACCGCCUCAUGACCACCUACACGCCCGAGCUGCUCCGGGUGUCCCCGCCGGGGACGGGCGCGUGGAGCGUCGGCGGGAGCAUGGGGGAGGGCGUCAUCGUGGGGAUCCUCGACAACGGCAUCGACCCGCGGCACGUGUCCUUCCUCGACGACGGCAUGCCGCCGCCGCCCGCCAAGUGGCGCGGCGGGUGCCACUUCGGGGGCGCGCCCUGCAACAAGAAGCUCAUCGGCGGGCGGUCCAGGGGCCCGCAGUCCCACGGCACACACACAUCCGGCACUGCCGUGGGGGCGUUCGUGAGGGACGUGAAGCUGUCGCCGGCCGACGCACCCGGCGCGGUGGCGUCCGGCAUGGCGCCACGCGCGCACCUGGCGUUCUACGAGGUGUGCGUCGGCGACACCUGCUCGGCCACGGAGAUCCUCACCGUCACGGAAAAGGGCGCGUUCCAGGACGGCGUCGACGUCAUCUCCAUCUCCGCUAGCGACGACACGCAGAAGCCCUUCUACAAGGACCUCAUCGCGGUCGGCAGCCUCUCCGCCGUCAUGUCCGGCGUUUUCUUCAGCACCAGCGCCGGCAACGCCGGCCCGCUCGAGCGCAGCGUCACCAACUGCGCGCCGUGGCAGCUCACCGUCGCCGCCAGCACCAUGGGCCGGCGAAUCGUCUCCAGGAUCCAGCUCGGCAACGGGGUGGUGCUCGACGGCGAGAACCUGAACCAGUACAACCCCGUGGAGAACAGGCCCCUCGUCUUCGUGUCCGGGAUGUUCGCCGACGGCGCGCUGAACGGCGUCGACGUCCGCGGGAAGAUCGUGGCGUGCGACCGCAGCGAGGACCCGAUCACGCGCGCCGACAUGGUCGAGAAGGCUGGCGGCGCCGGGAUGGUCAGCUGGUCCAGCCUUAAGCGGGGCGCCGCCACCACGCCGGUGGACAGCCUCACCAUCGCCGCGUCGCGGGUCCCGCACGCCGACGGGCAGGUCAUCAUGGCGUACAUAAACUCCACGGCCAGCCCCACCGCCAGCCUCACCUUCCUCGGCGCCCAGCUCAACCGCUCCUCCCUGCCGGCCAUCGCCGAGUACUCCUCGAGAGGGCCCUGCAACAUGUCCAGCGUCGGCGUCCUCAAGCCGGACAUCACCGGGCCCGGCACCAACAUCGUCGCAUCCGUCCCCGGCGCGGGGAGCAACGCCAGCACGGGGACGCCCACGACGACAUUCGGGAUGCUCAGCGGCACGUCCAUGUCCACGCCGCACCUGUCCGGGAUCGUGGCCAUGCUGAAGAAGGCGCGGCCGGAGUGGUCGCCGGCGGCGAUCAAGUCGGCGCUGAUGACGACGGCGGACGUGACGCACCCGGAUGGCACGCCGAUCGUGGACGAGACAACGGGCCGGCCGAACUGCUUCGCCAUGGGCGCCGGGCUGGUGAACCCGACGCGUGCCCUCGACCCGGGCCUCGUGUACGACCUCGCGCCGGCGGACUACAUCCCCUACGUGUGCGGGCUUGGGUACGAGGAGAACUUCGUCAAGGACAUCAUCGCGCAGCCGAUGAUGAACGUGAGCUGCGCCACGGCGGGGAAGAUUGAGGGCAAGGACCUCAACUACCCGUCGAUCAUGGUGACGCUCACGCCGGCCGCGCCGUCGGUGGUCGUGAGGCGCACGGUGACCAACAUCGGGGACCCUUUGUCGGUGUACACGGCGGAGGUUGUCACACCCAAGGGCGUCGCCGUCGAGGUGGUGCCGAACGUGUUGGGCUUCGGGGUUAUGCUACGGAGGAGUGACUUCACCGUGAAGUUGACAAGAGGUGCCGAUGCCGCCGCCAAUGGCGGCACGGCGGAGGGAAGCCUGCGGUGGGUAUCCCGCAACGGCAAAUACUCCGUCCGUAGUCCGAUCGCCAUUCUGUUCGAUCCAUUACCUAAUAACUAA